AUGGAGAUCGCAAGGCAUCCCUCGGACUGCGGGGAAAGGCUGGAAAGAGUGGUCAGGAGUAUUCUGGGUCGCUACGGAAAGCCGAACCAAGGCAACUGGAAGCCAGGUUGGGACAGCAAUUGUUAUCAACAGUCUGUCACGUUGAAGGAAGCUGCGUCCGCCCGCUGUGUUUCCAUACGUCCAUCCACAACAAUUCAUAUGCAAUCCUUUACUAUGGCUUCCUCUAAUAUAGACAAAGAAUCUCAAGCGCCCAUUCACUCACUGCUCCAGAACGACAAAAAGAACCGAAACAGUGUGAAGUAUUCGAGUCCCAUACAACAAAUAAAGGAAGACGGAGAGCUUGAAUUGAGACUCUCCGAUGAGUUUUUGGAGACUUCUAGUACCUCGGAGGAUGCUGGAGGCUCGGCCGACGAGAGUGCGUUUGGGGUCAUAUUCGAAAAUCCCCUUGGGUGCCAACGACAUCAGCGACUCCCUGCCCGUAAAGAGAUACGCCAGCAUAGGCAACAGCUUAUGCCCGGGAAGCGCAAGAGUUCAGAGGUGGAACUAGUCCCAAGCAAGCGCCCCUUCAGCACUCUUGCAUCCAAGUCUGCAGUAGAUCAAGGAUCCGAGCAACGUCGGGACAGCGGCCCUGCUGAGAAUUCUCAGAGACCUUCUACAGCGCCAUCCCGAUAUCGAUGCGGAGACCCUCUCUAUGCACGCGAUAGAAUUGACAGCGCCAUCCCUCUCUCAGGUCCUGAGGUUAAAGCCUUCAAUAAAGCCCUUGAUUGCAUAGACGAUCUAAGUGAAUCCGCGGCGGCUUCAAUCAUCGAUAGUUGCGAAGAAGGAAUUGAAUUCUAUCAGCGGCAUCCCGGGGAGGACCUUCUUUGGCUGCGACAACCAUCUGGAGGAUAUCGGAUCUCCGUUCGAGUACACCGUCUACCAAAACCCCUUCCACCCUUAGAGGGUAUGUCACAGUGCGACCCACCUUCGCUAAUCCGCCGACCGAGCGUAAAUCUAUGGGAUAUUUACCCUCCUCCAUCAGAUUGGAAUUCUCAGAUCUUGCGUCCUCGGGAUAGCUUCACCGAGGCGAAGAAUUGGGUGAUGAAUGUCACACGCACAAAUGACCAGCAGGUUCUGGCGGAAGUUGUGGAGAAAAUGAGAGCGCAUGAGGCAAAAUUCGACAAACAAAAAUUAAUGGGGGAUAGAAAAGAGUUGACGAAUCAACGUGCUGGUCUGGGGGAGCUCCUCCAACAGCCUAAGACAACUCCUUUCUUGGGGUUGAUGGAGGAAAGGCGGACCGAACUUAAGAGGACCGAAGAUGAGUAUUUGAUGUAUGAAGAAGCGGAGAGUUUACAGCGAAGAUGCGCUGAACUCGCUCAACACCUGGAACUUUUGAAGAGGGCUGGAACUAGGUUAGAUUUCUCGCCUUCAAUGGAUCAAGGGUCCGAGCGGACACCGCCAAAACCGGGCCUGAUAUCUGAAUUCUUAAAGAUCAAUCAAUAUAUGGCCACGGGCGGUGACAAUCGAGAUCCCUCAUCCUCGGGAGCAGCAUCAUCAUCAUCAUCAGGAGACCAAGCUGUCAGAAGAGUGGCAGCUGCCGCGGCAGUCGCAAGCGGCAAUAUUCUGGACAAUGGGGAGUGUGAAGUAGAGCCGCCCCGCGAUUUUGAGUAUUUGUUGGAUGCGGACGAGAGAGGUAGUAACCUUACGAUGGAAUUUAGGAGAGGAGGCUUGUCUCAUGAAGGAGACGAGGUUGAAUACGAAAGUUUCCCAUCGCUACUAUGGCGGAGGGAGCAAUUUGACACGGAAAAGUCUAAAAAGACCCUAAAGACUCGGUCACCUAAGCGAGAACCUGUGGUCAUCAUACAAGAGAUAAUAGGUACUACCUCAUCUGGGUCACCAAUGUCAAUUUCUAGAGAAGACGGAUCAACCGAGAGAGAAGAGACGUCUCAUCUUAGUAUGCCUACCAAAGAAGCAUCGAAAUCCCCACCCGCAAUAGGCGCGAAGACCCAGCAGGAGGGCACUGCGGAGGGUGUAUUCAUGGUGGAAGAGCACGCUGUACCAGAGUCUUCUUCGCCUGGGUCUCCAAUGUCUAUUUCUGGGGAGGACGGACUGUCCGAGAGAAAAACGGUUCCUCAGCCUGACGCCGCAGUCAAAUCGACAUGGACAUUCUCAACCACAGUAAGCCCCACAAUCACGCAAAUGGAAGGCAUUGAGGAUGCGGUUGUGGCAGAAGACAACGCACAGGCAUUGUCCUCGAGCGCCGUGAACCUGCCCUCGGAGCCUACAGUCAGACCCCUACCAGCCUCAGAAUUGGAUUCGUUGGGAGUCAAUGAAGAGGUGGUACCAAGGGAGCCCGGGACAAGAGUAGUGGAUUCUUUCUACUCACAUAUUUCCAGGGGUGCUAGGAUGGCCUUCACUUCUUGGAGCAUGAAGCUCCUGUUUGGACAAAGUCUCUUGUAUGAUGAAUGGUUUGGUGGCCAUCUAGAUAGCGCAGGCUACGAUUCGAAGCUGUCAAUGUGGUCCACAUGUCGUGCUUCAUUCCCAAAACACACUUUUCAUCUCGUAUUCUCUCUCCUUUUAAUUGGCCAGUACUCCCACAACCACCUUCCUAAAGCAGCCCCGCCGCCACUCCGCUCGCCGAGCCCGCGAUACCAACAUUUGAUGUCCAUCCUCAAGCCAACCUUCUUCUCCCGGCAACCUUGCCCCUUUAUUCUAUUCGGCUUCAUGUCGUCCCGCGACGCUCUAACCCCCCGUUAUCAGAUACCUAGAUAUGCCCAGAAUUCGCCCAGCAAUGCCCAGGAACCGAAGCUUCAAUGAACCUGCAGCUUGAUAUCACGAGCUGCUUGAAAGAGCAAGGAGCCUGACUAGAUGAUGGAAGCGCUCGCCAAUGAGAUUACUGGAAGGUGCAGCGCAUCCUUGCUACUGAGCAAGGGGAGCAAGAUGCUAUGCUGGAAAGUUCCUGGAUUGCGGUCGAGAUCAGCAU